AUGCCUCGCAGAUCCAAGAAAGCCAAGACGAACCACCACAGCUCCAAACAGUCCGGCGGUGAUCUAAGCCAGGCUGAAAUCUGGGACGAUUCGGCACUCAUUAGGUCUUGGAACGACGCCGUCGCGGAAUAUGAGUACUACCACAGUAUUCACGCCCGAGGGGAAGAUGUCGAGGAGAUUCUACGCCGAGCGGAAAAUGGUGAACUCGACGACGACAAUGUUGAUGACGCUUCUGGUGCUGGCGCUGAUGUGUCCGGCGAGUGGCACGACGUCAAUCAGAAGCCUGUAACGGCACAAAACAGCUCCGUUCCCGCGGAUGACGAUGAUGGUGAUGAUUACGACGACGACGAGAUCGAAGAUGGAGAAGUAGAGGAUUCGGAGCUCAUGGCGGCAAAAGCAGCAUUGAGCCAAAAAGUUCAAAUACACGGCUCCGAUAACCAAAGUCAAUCAUCAAGUCAACAGCCCGCGACAGCGGCAAUUACUUCAACCACGACCCCAUCCGUAGAACCUCCGCAACAAGGCCAAGAUGAGAAUACUUCUGGACAUACUUCUCUGCCGACAAUUGGGCCCAGCUUGCCAACCACAAGCGACCAACAAGGUCCACUUGUAGAUCAAACGCUCGAAAAUAUCAAAAUGGCAUACUACUGGGCAGGCUACUAUUCAGGCCUCUACGACGGUCAACGCCAGGCGCAGGGCGCAUCAACCGCGGACAACGUUGGCCCGAGUUGA